AAAUUUUCAGGGUGUUAACAACCUAGGCUCCGCCACCUUUGUUGUAAAAUGGUGGUCCACGAGAUUACGGUGCCUGUGGAGUUCCUGUACGUGGUCGGUGCAGCGAUGCUUUCGGCUUUUGUAGUGGUUGGAGCAGCGGUUUAUAAAAUGAGAAAACCGGUGGAUAUUGACGAAUUGGAUUGUGAGCAGACCGCGAGGCUUUUCAGGCCAGAAGUUUUGGCUCCAACAUUAACAGUUGAUAUGGAAUCUAGAAAAGUGCAACCUUCGUUGAAAGCUAGGCUUUCACAGUCAAUCAAUCCUUGGAAGACUUCGAUAAUCGACCAACUCCGGCCAGAAGUGGUUAGCGAAUUCCGUGGACGUAUCAACUUUUCGGUGGCUUUUGAAAAAGAAUGCUCGACCCUUCAUGUGCAUCUCAUGGAGGCCGUGGACCUCCCGGUUAAAGACUUUACAGGCUCCUCAGACCCAUAUGUCCGUGCCUUCUUGCUCCAGGACCCCGGGCAAAGUGAGCGGAGCAAGGUGCAUCGACGGAACUUGAACCCAACAUUCAAUGAGACGCUGUCUUUUAGAGGGCACUCGAUGAAGAAACUUCACGACAUGACUCUAGUGCUCCAGGUGAUGGAUUACGAUAGGUUCUCGUCGGAUGACCCGAUUGGAGAAAUUCUAUUACCUCUGAAGCACGUGAAAUUCGAGAGCAGCCCGGUUUACUGGAAGCAUUUGCAAAGACCAACUGUGUCGAAGGACGCCUGUGGAGAAAUCAUGAUCUCCCUGUGCUACUUGCCAACUUCUGGGAAGAUUACGGUAUCCAUAAUCAAGGCUCGUGACUUGCACGCGAAGGAUCGCACCAGGCACUAUGAUACCUAUGUAAAAAUGUGGAUGGUCCAGCAAGGCAAUAAAUUGGAAAAACGGAAAACUUCUGUGAAGCCCCAUACCCCAUCUCCAAUCUUCAACGAGUCCUUUGCAUUUUCAAUUCCCGUCAAACAAGUUCUUCUGGCCGAGGUCAACUUGGUACUGACCGCUAUGGAGUACGACGUCAUCGGGUCCAAUGAGGAGAUUGGCCACGUCAUCGUCGGUGGCCUAGGAUCCGAACACGGCCAGCGGCACUGGAGUGAGUGUGUCAAUCAUCCGGAGCAACCAGUCGCCAUGUGGCAUAAACUUUGCCCAAAAUGGUGAUUUUUGAUGGAAAUAAGAAGUUUUUGUAAAUGUAUUGAACCUACAUAUGUAUUUUGGAUUACGUAUUUUGCUCGUAUUUUUGAAUUUUAAGUUUAUUUUCUUUCUCGAUCUCGUCGCCGCACCUGUCUAUUUCUCCAAUUUUUGUAAUUUUUAAAAUAAUAAACCGCUUCUCUGUUAUA